AUGUGUGCAAUCUUUGCCCAAUCAUUGCUAGGAGUGGAGCUUAAGCAACCAUUUGAUCAGCCAUUACUGUCAACAUCCCUUGCCGAUUACUGGGGUAAAAGAUGGAACUUGAUUUCAACAGAUAUCCUGCGGUUAACCAUAUUCAGACCAAUAUACCGAUACAUUUCAAGAAAAUUUAACAGUAAAUUGGCUUACAGUGUCGCCAUCAUGGCCACAUUUUUCGUGUCAGGACUUAUGCAUGAGCUGCUAGACUAUCACAUAUUUCGGACAGUCUCCAAUUGGGGUUACACAUAUUUUUUUCUCAUGCAUGGGUUGUGUGUGGUUAUAGAGGGUGAUCUGAUAAACAAGUUUGGCAGCCGAUGGCAUCUACCUCAAGUAAUUGCAGGGCCAAUACUUAUUUUAUUUGUGUCGAGCACGUUUAUUUGGCUUGUGAACGGUGAAUUGAUGCAGAAGAACAUGGAUGCAAUUGUGGUGAAGGAGUACAUGGCUGCAAUUGAAUUCUUGAUGAGUUUUGUUGGUCUGGAAGGGAAUGUAAAGCCAAUGUUCAACAGACUUAAGCCACAGAUGUUCAACAUUGCAAUGAACUACCAAGUGAAGACGAAACAGAUAUUCUCGAUGACAAUCAAUGAGGCAGCUUGUUCAGAUAAAGCCCAUGCCCAUCGUAUAAUGCUAAGCUUGGUGGGGGCUAACCCUUAA